AUGGUAGUGGACAAAGAUAGGCUUCAGGAAGAAGAAGAAGCUUCCUUUAUUCGUUUUUGCAAAAUUAUUCUUGGUUGGGACUAUUUUGGUCUCCUCACUGAAGCUGCUCAGAAGCAGAAAAAACUGAGUGGCAAGGGAGGGGAUUCGGGUUUGAAACAAGUAAAGAAUACAUAUAAAGAUGUCGAUGAUUAUCUUGCGACUUUCGAGCCCCUUUUAUUUGAAGAAGUUAAAGCUCAGAUUAUUCAAAAGAAGGAUGAUGAAGAAGUGACAGAAUGGGUAAUGAGACUUGUAGUGGAAUGCAAUGAGGCAGAGGGAUUUCUUUUACCUUCAGUUACUUACGGAGGAGAUGACGAGGACCAGAAAAUGGUACAAAAUGAUCUUUUGCUUCUUUCAGAAGAUCAGUUUAAACAGGGUGGUGGAAAACUCCCCCAGGUCUACGCAUUUGCCUUGGUUGAGCAACGCCAACAUAACCUUCUUAAACUUAGAAUGUUUUUAGCUGGGGAGGUCAUGAAUUUAAAUACAGAUGUUAUUGAAACUCGUGCAAGGCUGUCAAAGAUGCAGGCUUUGAUUACCUCUACUGGAUUGCUGCAUGAGAAACGCUUGUUUAGUCUAAAGAUAUGCAGCCUAUCAACAAUCUCUCGUGAAUAUUUUGCUCUACGGUCAAUUGGCUCUCUUCCUUUCAAGGAUUUAAUACUUACAGCUACUGAUAAAAAUUCUGGUUCUGAAGGCCAGGCAUGGAAAGUUUCUAAAUCUCUGUCAGAACAUUUGGGAGGAAAUCUUAAUAAGUCACAAAUGGAAGCAAUAGAUGCUGGCCUUUCUCGCAAAGCGUUCGUCUUGAUACAGGGUCCUCCUGGAACUGGGAAGACACAAACUAUCCUCUCUCUUCUUAGUACAAUUUUGCAUGCAACUCCAACAAGAAUGCACACCAAAGGGAUGCUCCUCAAGUUAGUUGGGGCAUUUUGGAGAUUGAAGAAUGAUGGUUGUGACUUUUUUUUGCUAACAGAGGGUGUUGUGAGAGGGAUGCUCCCCAAGUUAGUUGGGUAUUUUGGAGAUGAAGGGUGCUCAAAUGUGCGAAAUUUUGGGGAUAAAAGAACUCAAUUCAAAUGGGUCUUGUGGUUUGAAGUUGCUUCAUGGAGGGCUGGGUUGCAUGGAAUUAAACACGGGUACAGUCAUUGGGCACGAGCAUCUCCAUGGUGGAAUGGUAACAAUCCCAGAGAUAAGAACAUGCCUAAAGAUGGCGAUGAUGGUUUUUUCCCUACCAGUGGAAACGAGUUUAAACCAGAAGUUGUUGCUUCCAGUCGCAAAUAUCGUGUACGUGUGUUAGUAUGUGCCCCAUCAAACUCUGCUCUCGAUGAGAUUGUGUUACGCCUUCUGAAGACGGAUCUUAGCAUGGAUUAUUUGCUAUUGAAGGGGUUCAUGGGUGAUUUCAAGUCGGGUGGCAAACUCAUUGAUGGUUUCCGUCUUCCCAAUGGGGGAUUUAAGCAUGGGUUGAUGAUUCUAUUGCUUGAACUUGUCAUCUACACCUGGGAAGCUGAUAUUGACGUGACAGGAAAGGGUGUUCAAGAUGAAAAUGUUCAUACGUAUAAUCCUAAAAUUGUGCGGAUCGGUCUUAAAGCUCAUCAUUCUGUCCAGCCAGUGAAACAAAAACAAGGUGAAUCAGCCGGUGAUAAACAGAAACAUGGAGCUGCAGGAGGGGAUACAGACAGCAUUCGUGCUGCUAUUCUGGAGGAAUCUGUCUUUUCCACCCUCAGCUUCAGUGGUUCAGCACUUUUUAGUAAACUAAAUCAUGGUUUUGAUGUCGUUAUCAUAGAUGAAGCUGCCCAGGCUUCAACUUGUUAUGCGGAAUCUUCAAUUGCAUUUCACAUGUGGGCUGUUUUAUAUGGCAUGCAUGCAAUUCUCUGGUUCAGUCGUUCAAAAGACUACAUGCUUUUCCCAGUGGAACCAGCAACUCUUGUGCCGUUGGUCAAUGGAUGCAAACAAGUUGGCGAUCCAGUUCAACUCCCGGCCACUGUAAUAUCUCCCACUGCUGGGAAAUGUGGCUAUGGCACAAGUUUGUUUGAAAGGUUUCAAAGAGCUGGUUAUCCAGUGAAUAUGCUGAAGAUGCAGUAUCGUAUGCAUCCAGAGAUAAGGAGGUUUCCUUCAAGUGAGUUUUAUGCUGAGGAACUGCAGGAUGCAGAAGAUCUUGAGAGAAAGACAAUGCGUGACUGGCAUCAGUAUCGCUGCUUUGGUCCCUUUUCCUUCUUUGAUAUACAUGAAGGAAAAGAAUCUCAGCCUUCUGGAAGUGGGUCCUGGGUGAAUAUUGAUGAGGUUGAAUUUGUGCUACUCCUGUAUCAUAAAUUGGUGACUAUGUAUCCAGAGCUUCGAUCAAGCUCACAGCUUGCAAUUAUAUCCCCCUAUAGACACCAAGUCAAGCUUUUUCAGGAUCGAUUUCGGGAUGUUUUUGGGCAGGAGUCCCAAAAAUUUGUAGAUAUUCAAACUGUUGACGGUUUCCAGGGCCGAGAAAAGGAUGUUGCAAUAUUCUCAUGUGUUAGGUCAAAUGACGAUAGAGGGAUUGGGUUUGUAUCUGAUGCCCGGCGAAUGAAUGUUGGUAUCACUCGAGCAAAGUCUUCAGUCCUGGUCGUAGGGUCAGCAUCAACUUUGAAGACUGACGAGCAUUGGAACAACCUAGUGCAAAAUGCCGAGAAGAGGAAUGUUCUAUUCAAGGUCUCGAAGCCCUACUCCUCAUUUUUCGGAGACUCAAAUCUCAACUCCAUGAAGGUGGAGAACCAACUGCUAGAUGGACUUGACCUAGAUGAUACGGACAUCGAUGAAAUCAUGGAUCUACAUCGUGGGCAUGCUGAUGAAGAACAAGCAGAUGACGAUGACAUAGAAGAUGUCGACAUGGAUGGAGGUGGCUAUGAUGAGGACUGA